AGGUGGUCAUACCUUUGGCGGUGCCGACGUGAAACCCAAGAAAGAGUCAAUACUCGAUCUUUCAAAAUAUAUGGAUAAAAAGAUACGUGUAAAGUUCAAUGGAGGACGUGAAGUGACCGGAUUAUUGAAAGGUCAUGAUCCAUUGUUGAAUCUGGUGCUCGAUGAUACUGAAGAACAAUUGAGAGAUCCUGAAGACAAUCGUCUUUUAGAUGACGUAAGAUCACUAGGAUUAGUAGUUUGUCGUGGGCCAUCGGUAAUAUUAAUAUCUCCUGUUGACGGCACAGAAGAAAUUGCAAACCCAUUUGUACAAGCCGAGGAAUAA